AGUGAGUUAGAAUAUUAUUAGGUGCUAAAAACGUUGACUGGCCCACAAUUCUUGUUUCUCAAUCAAUUCCUCCAAUUGUUCAUCAGGUGUUCUCGAGUCAGAGAGCUAACCCAGUAGUCUGUUAGUGAUACUGCGAACUAACCUCUGGUAUCAGGUGUAGCUAUACGCAGCCUACAGCUAGGCAGUAUCAUGACAUACCUACUACUCUAUCUGGCUCCAUUGCUGCUGCUGCUGGUGAUGACGGUGAACUGUGGACAGGCUAUGGCCACACCAACACCAGUGGUGCCGGACGAUGCCGAUACACCAGCUGCGAUGGUCACUGAAGAUAUCAACUGCAUGACGGAAUGGCUACUUAUUGCCAACUCCAGUCGUGCAAGAGCUCGCACCAUUCCCAACACACCAGCUGCCAUUCAAGCAAUGUUAGAUGAGAAGGUUGUCAAGCACCAAGAGCAAUUCAUCUUAAGUCUCCUCUUGGGUUACGCACCGCAGCUUGCAGCAGACCUCAAACACUGCAUCCAUCGAACGCCAGAGUGCCCCACAGCUGACUUAACAAGUCGUCUACCUUGCUCAGUGUCUGGAGAAUGUGUGUUCAACACUACACAGCAAUUUGCUGUUUGUAUUUGUCCCGCUGGUUUGACUGGAAGGAGGUGUGAUGCAGACAUUGAUGAGUGUAGUCAACCAGACUUGAACAUCUGUGACCAACCCGCUGUGGCAAUUUGCUAUAAUUUUCAUGGAUCAUUUGGGUGUGACUGCAACACGGGAUUCAAAGCCGAUGGACGCUUGUGUAAUGAUCUAGAUGAAUGUACAGCUGGUGUACAUCAGUGUAAUGAACAUGCAAUGUGUAAUAACACUGUUGGAUCAUACUCUUGUUACUGUCAAUCUGGAUACAAGGGAGAUGGUACUAACUGCCAAGUUGAUCUGUGCGGAUCAUCUGCAAACAGCGAGCUUUGCUACCAAAUUGAAGCUGUUAAAACCUACAACAAGCAGCUGGAAGAGAAACUGGAAGCAAGGGAUCUCCAAAUCAAUAAACUACUCUCCGACAUGAAAGUACUGACAACCAUAUUUGUCCAGCAGAAAAAGAAGGUGGAUCAAAUGGAAAUUCAGACAAAGCAACACCUCAAGAACAUGGAGCUACAUUCUGCUCAACAGUUUGCUGCAAUCAAUGCCACUUUGACGGAGGAAGGACAGAAGACGAAGCAACAUUUCAAGUCAAUGAAGCAACAUUCUGUUGAGCAGCUUGCAUCCAUCAAUGCUACUCUGCAGGAGGAAAGAAAGAAGUGCGGUAUUGUAUCCUGGAAGACAUUUACAAUGGAGACAUCUACUAGUAGUGCUAGUAACCCGUUCAGUGGAGUCGUGUUCAACAAGACUAGACCUGACACUGUUAUCAGAGUGGUGUACACAACCUCUAUUGGAUUUUUGCAUGGGAACACUGCAUGGCAUUGUGUGAAGGUGUCAGUGCGUAUCAACGGCAGUGACUGUUCAGACCCAGCCCCUAUCAGAAGUGGAAGCACUAGUACUUCAAAAGAAUAUCAAAUCUAUGCUGGUGUUUAGAGUGGUAUUUGCAAUAUCAACACUUCAGGUCCACUGUCCUUCUCUACACACAUACAGGCACAGUGCACUACAUCCAGCUAUUUCCUGGGUUACUACCGUGGUACAGGUACCAUCACAUCCACUCUGCAUAUCGAAGAACUUUGCAAUAAUCAACAGAACUAGAAGUCUGCCUCCCAAUUCCUCUGCCCCCCCCCCUCCCCCUCUACUCUCUCUCUCUCUCCCUUUCCAUCUCUGUAACAAUCUAGUAGUGUUUACUGUUGACUGGUAGUCUUCCUGAGGCAGGCAACACAGCGUUAGAAUAUACAAGUUGUUUCCCGUUUCUCUACAUUGUAUUCUGUCUAUUGACCUUUUUAUCUAUCUACUUUAUCUACUUUGAAAUAUCCAUUUUAUCUAAUCACUCAAUCUAUCCCUUGUAUCUAUCCAUUCUAUCUAUCUGCAUGUACCCAUGUAUGUAUGCAUGUACCUAUGUAUGUAUGUUGUACCUAUGUAUGUAUGUUGUUCUACAUCUCAAAACUACCACAAUUCGUUUUCAACUGCACCUCUGUUCCCAGUAUGCAAUGCUUUCCUUCUAAUGCACAAGAUUGACUCUACUUUUGUGGGACACGCGGUUGUUACAACAGCGUAGAAUACACUUGCUCUGUAGUCAAUGCAGAAACGUUUUCAAUGCUUCACUACCCCACUUCAAUUAUAAUUAAAAAACGUCUCCCAUUUUGUGCACAUGACAGCAUCUUAAGCUGUUCGGCAUUUCUUUGUCCUAUUCUAUUAGUAAUUUGCGGUUUCAGGAAGAACGGUUUACAAAGUAGGAUUUACAUUGUGUGAAAUUCCAGUCCGAAAUCAAAGGAAAUG